AUGUGUUAUACGAUUAAUAAGGCAGAGGGAAUAGAAGACAAAAAAAAGGACUACAUAAUUACUAAAGCUACUGAGUCAAAUGAGCAUUGUAAAGAAACUUUAAAAAAGUUUGGUAUAUUAGCAAUCAGUGCAGAAUUAAUAAGAGUUUUUAUUGAAGGGAAAAAGUUAGUGAAAGAGGAAUAUGGAACUUACGCUGCUUGGCUUAAUAUUAGAGAGUUGCAUGUUGGCGGAGCCCGUACGGCUCUUUUUAACUAUCUUUUUGCCAAACAAAAUGAAGGUCGAUUUAUUCUUCGUAUUGAGGACACAGAUGUCGUAAGAAACCAAGAGGAGUUUAUUAAUAAACAGUAUCAAGACCUGAUUUGGCUUGGCAUAAAACCUGAUGAGUCAGUUUUCGAAAAAGGUGAGUAUGGACCUUAUCGCCAAACUGAAAGGUUAGAUAUUUAUCAAAAAUAUAUUGAGAAAUUGCUAGUUGAGAAGAAAGCCUAUUAUUGUUUCUGCUCUCGGGAGGAAUUGGAAAAAGAAAGAGAAAAAUAUUUGGUUGAAAACCAAAGAGGUAAUUAUCAGUACUCUCGAAAAUGCUUGGAAUUAGAAUCAGUAAGGAUUAAAUCUUUGCUUCAAAAUCAAAAAGAAUAUGUUAUUCGUUACCGAGUUCCGCGAGAAAAAAAAUAUCAAUUAAAAGAUUUAGUGCGGGGUCAAGUGAAUUUCCGAGGACAAGACAUUGAAGAUUUUGUUAUUUGUCGGAGUAACGGAAUGCCUUUGCUUAACUUUUCAGUGGUUGUCGAUGAUUACUCCAUGGAAAUUAGUCAUGUUUUGCGGGCUGAAGAACAUUUGCCUAAUACAGCCAAGCAACUGGUUUUAUAUGAGGCUUUUGAUUGA